AUGACGAAACCGGGGCAAACCAAUACCGGUAAUAGAGAUAGAAGCGAACAAAACGCGUUUGCGAAUAACGUAGGCGCGAGUAAAAGUUACAACAACGCGAUAAAUCGUGAUAGGGCGUACGCGUAUAACGAAAGACCACAAUCUUACGAGAGAAGUGGCAAAAGCGCAUUACCACAAAUUCGAGGUGACUCGUACAAACUUUCUCCCGGUAAACUCGCUGAAGGUAAGUCCGUACCGAGACAAGGCAGCGCAGCAUGGAGAACGAGCGACACUCGAUACCCGACAUACGGGGGACAACGCACACCACAACCCGGUAAGCGUUAUAAUUAUUACGAUAGAGAGAAACAACCUAGUGUCACAAUUACGGAGGUCACUAACGAUUGUGAAGAAAACGCGAGACCGCGAACAAAUUCCGCAUCGCACAGCGACGUCGCAUCCGGCGAUUCCGUCGGGUCCGACAAAGAAAAUGUAAUAUACAGGAAGUCAUCCGGUGGGAAAAAGAAGAAGAGGGACAGCGAAAAGCGACGUACCUCGAAGCAUCACGCGGGCGAACCAACAGCGCAGCAGCUAGCGGCGAGAGAAAGACCUCGAGUAGGAGGGAAAUAUGUGAAGAAGACGCCGGAAAACCUAGCGCUGGUCAACACAGCACAACCCGUGCUGGCGGACAUCACGUACAGUGAGACAAGCGCGAUCUUGGGCCUUUUACCGACCCCUGCGGAACCCCGCACGACAGUGCCCUCCCGCGUCGGAGUCCGUCGCCAUCGACGAACUCCAGCCGCCUGUCCCGAAGGUAGUCCUCCACGGUGGCGACCAGGUACGGAGGCAGCCGAAAGUGGAUCAGCGCCUCGCGUAUCCGGCCCCAGGGGAGAGAGUUGA